GGCCUCAACACACGCUGGUUGUUUUUUGCCGCGGCUACUGGUCCCGUGCCGAGCGUGGUGGUGCACAUGCGGCGGCCGUGCUAGUGCACGCCAGCUAAUGUGUGUGUGUUGUUCUCUUUUUCCGAUCGUGUGUGACUGUGCGGCGGCACCGUGGCGACUGUGGACUCACUACCGUGGCGGCACCACCAUGCAGUGGGCAGCAGCGAGGGAGGAGGACUAGACAGGAUGAACGGAGCUUUGUAUGAGGACUCGGCCGGCACACGAGGCCUGGAGCCUACGGGCCAAACACCACUACACAUCCCGGCCAAGCGCGUGGCCACCACCCUGGCUGUGUCCACGUACCCGCACCCGCCCGAGUGCCCCACGGGGCCUGACUCUGGCACCGCGGCGGGUGUCAUCAGGCACUCGCACUCCACACAGCCCUGGAACUACCAGCCGGAGCAUGCAGCAGCCACGGCGCCCUUCGACUCCCAGUACGGCCAGGCCUUCGGGCGGGACGGGGUCACGCCCACGUACUAUAACAUUGCGGACACCAGAGUGGCUGACCGCAAGACUUUGGCCUUCUGGCCCAACAAAUACGACUACGCACCGGGGCCAUCCUCGAUGACCACGGAGUCAUGCCAAGCCUUUGCCGCUCAGACCUGGUGCAACUACCCUCCCUACGGGCGUGUGGGCCAUGUCGAUGCCCACGGCCAGCCCGUGCCAUACCUAACGGCGGCAGAUGGUGCCCCAAAAUCUGCCAUGGAAGCUGCCGCAGGAUAUCCCCACGACGGCUACCUGAGGAACUACCCCACAGCAGAGACUAUGCCCCCCGCACCUUACCCUCCAGCGCAUCGGCCGCCCUUCCCCGUCUCACAUCCAGGCGCGCUGGGCUCCAACCCGCUGGAGUGGACGGGGAACAUGACGGUCCGGAAGAAGCGGAAGCCGUACUCGAAGUUCCAGACGCUGGAGCUGGAGAAGGAGUUCCUGUACAACGCCUACGUGUCCAAGCAGAAGCGCUGGGAGCUCGCCCGCAACCUCAAUCUCACGGAGCGACAGGUUAAAAUAUGGUUCCAGAAUCGUCGAAUGAAAAACAAGAAAAAUAGCCAAAGACAGGCGGCGCAGGAGGCGGCAGCGGCUGCCGCGGCUGGCACUCCUUCCUCCGGGGGCGGCACCCCCGGCCACCAGCCCAACACCCCCCAGACUCCAAACAGCAUCAAGCCUUGACAAGUGCAGAGU